GUAGUGGUAUUUUAUGAACAAAACACCUAUGAUUUUGAAACAUGGCGGUGAACGGUGUUUACACCACUCGAACCAGGUGGACAGUGGAUAUGGAAGAUUUACUUGUAGACUUGUGGAAACAGUAUGAGUGCUUGUAUGACGUGUCGUCGGAUACAUAUCACAAUAAAGCCGAGAAGGAGCGGUGCUGGGAAGAGAUAGCUGUUGCUCUGGAUCUGUCCGUGGAAGAAGUGAAGAUGAGGGCGACCUCUCUACGGACUCAGUACACCAGAGUCCUGAAGCCUCUAGCUUUAAGCGGUGGGAAAAAAAAUAAAGCCCUGACAACAAGACAGAGGAGGAUCCUCAAGUCCCUGAAGUUUCUUAGAAAACAUGUCAACCCUCGUUUCACUGACUGCAAUUCUGACCAAUCAACAAAAGACACAUUGAACACACAACAGAACAGUGAAGAGAGCAACCCAGAGGACACAGCCUUUUCCUUGGACCUGGACUCUGGAAGGUCACACUCACCGGCAGAGAAAGCUACUAUUGUUCGGACCAACUGGUCUAUAGAAAAGGAAAACAGACUUUUACAACUGUGGCAGCAGCACAACUGUUUGUACGACUUGUCUGCUGACAGAUUUCACGACAGGUUGGAGAGAGAAAAGAGAUGGGCUGAAAUUGCUUCGGCUUUGGAACUUCCAGUUGAGGAUGUGAAGGUAAGGGCCACCUCACUGCGAACUCAGUAUUCCAGACUGGUAAAGCCGCUGGCUUCUGGGAGGAAGAAGAAACCCAUAACAGGGAGGCAGAGGAUGAUCCUCACGUCCUGCGAAUUCCUCAGAAAACAUAUCAACCAUCGUCCUAUUGAAAGCAAAUUUGACCAACUGAUCAAAGAUUCGUUGAAGACACUGCAGGACAGCAGUGACAGCGAGCCAGAGGACACAGUACUGUCCCAGGACCUCGAUGGUGGGGCGUCAUCUUCACCCACAGAGAGCUCUUCUGUUUCACCUCCUCCUCCUCAGCUGGCCAACAACCAGACCAAAACCCCAAACAGAACUGACAAGGAGAGACAGAAACUCGCCUUGUUGCAGCACAUUGUAGAUGUCUUUCAGGAGACCAGCAGAGAACCACUGAAAGACUGCGAGGAUGCGUUUGGUGUCACCGUUGCAAUGGAACUGAAGAGGAUACGAAACCCAGCUCUGAGGAACCGAGUGAAAAGACAAAUUAUGACUGUACUGUAUGAUGCUCUUGACUCUGAGCAGAUGACAGACCCAUACCAGCCGCAUAACACAUUCCAAAGAGAAGAACCCCACUCUAUUACUGUAGUCAUACCUUAACAUCUCACCUGUGAUUGUUAGGUUCUGUAGGUUUUUGUAUUUGAGCUUGUUUCUUAGCUUGUAGGCUAACUGGCAGUAGCAGAUACAGUGUUAGUGGCUGUGAAACAUACAAUAAUAUCUUCUUUGAUGUUACAGUGUGUUCACAUUGCUAUUAUUGUAAUUACAUAUCAGACGUCUAACUAAAGUUUCCAGAGAGAUAUAUUGCCUCUGGUUGAGAUUUUUAUAUAAGGCACCUGGAGGUUUCAGGUUUGUUUGGCAGUGUUGUGUUGGAAGUCUGUUCCCCCUUUGAAAAGUGUUUCCUAUAUUAGACAGCACUUGGCUUUAGAAUUAGUGACAUACCUAACCUAGCUGGCCCGGAGUAUGUGUAAAUCUCAGAUUUUUGGGGAGUGCACAGACAACUCUCUUCAGAGGAAUGUGAAAACACCUUUCUAAUCAGGGGACACACCCCCAAACUGAAAAAAGGAUGGAAGGAAAUGUACCUUUUCAUACAGAAUAAAAUGUAUGUUAUUUCAUAACAUACUUUAAGAAAAGGAA